AUGACAACUGGUGAUUUACUCGCCAAGUUACGCUAUGCCAUUAAAGAACCACAUACAUCCAUUCACAGACUAAAUCUCUCUCGCAUCCCACUCUGUCUACCACCACACACAGACAGACCAGCCCUCUACUUAUUUGGUCUAUCACGAUACGCAGAGCUUUUUUACGUAAUCGAAGAUGCUUGGCUCUCAAUAAUCGGGGACCCCGUGGACUGGAUAUCCCACGAUACCGACGCCGACGCCAAUACCAAUGCCGAUGUCCAUGUCUCCAAUCCCGAAGAACACGAUGAUCCCUCUCCACAAUCAAAUACGAAAAAGCGCAUCCAAACCGUGCUGCGAAUGCUCUACAUCCCCGAACUUCUACGCACAAAGGCACUCCAGAAUGAUAUCCGAUUCCUGACAUCCUUGCACCCACCAAGUACCAGUUCCCCGGUCCUUCUUCACUCGGACAAUGACCAGGAUAAAGAUACCGGACGGCGCGUCGGACAGGAAAUCCGCCACCGGAUUCAAGAUAAACCACAUAUCCUAGUCGCCUAUGUAUGGAUCAUGUAUUCAGCCCUUCUUUACGGGGGCCGGGAUAUCCGCACCCUUCUUCUCAAGGCUGGUUCUGAUUUCUGGGGUCUGUCGGUGGUGGAAAUUACUUCUCAGAGAAUACCGUGCCCUUUGUCUUUUUGGCAUAUCGAUAAUGAUGGGGAGGUUAAGGCCAAGUAUCGUGCUCGCAUGACUGAUGUGGAGUCGUUGUUGAGUGCGCGAGAACAGAAUGAUAUCUUGGAAGAAGCGAUGCGGAUCUUUGGGACCUUGGAGGAGUUGACGAGGAGUUUGGAUGAGGAUACGAAUGUUGUAAUUUAA